ACAAGUACUACAUGUUUGUUUUUAGGGCGCCAUUUUGAUUUAGGAAGACCCCCGCUGACACAUGAGGCGCAGGCUCAUUUACAACGAAGAGGCAAACAAGAUGGCCGACCACGUAGACGUAAAUUCUGGAGACUCCAAUUUGGAUACAAAGAUYAAAGAAUGGAUAUCUUUAGAUAAGAAUACUGCAACUCUAGAAGAAGUGAUGCAAUUGGUUGAGGRAAAAAAUUACAAUGAGCUAAAAACAAGAAUGCUAUCCACUUUGACAUUUGGAACAGCAGGGUUGAGAGCAUCUAUGGGAGCRGGAUUUUCAAAGUUCAAUGACCUUACAGUAAUCCAAGCCAGCCAGGGACUUGCAAAAUUUGUAUUAAAAAAAUAUUCAGAUGCUAAAGAACGAGGAAUUGUGAUUGGGUUUGAUGCAAGACAUAAUAGUCAAAGGCUUGCACAAAGAACAGCUGCUGUGUUUCUCAGUCAAGGCAUCAAAGUUUAUUUGUUUUCUAAAAUUACACCAACUCCAUUUGUGCCAUAUUCUGUGAAAUGGUACAAGACGGUGUGUGGUGUUAUGAUAACAGCAUCUCACAACCCUAAAGAAGACAAUGGAUACAAGGUAUAUUMUGAAAAUGGAGCACAGAUAAAAUCACCUCAUGAUAAAGAGAUAUCUAAAUGUAUAAAAGAAAAUAGUAUUCCAUGGAGUGAAUCUUGGGACUUGAAUUUAACAARCUACAAGAAUUUGUUAUCAAACCCUUAUGAUGAAAUUAUGGAUGCUUACUUCAAAGAUGUUAUCAACUACUCUCACUUCAGACAUCUUAAUAAACAGACCAAGAUAACUUUCACAUUUACACCCAUGCAUGGCGUUGGUCAGGUAUUUGCUGAAAAGGGAUUUGAAGCCUUCAACUUACCACCAUUUGUAUCAGUAAAAGAGCAGAUGAUUCCUGAUCCUGAUUUUCCAACUGUGAAAUACCCUAACCCUGAAGAAGGCAAAAGUGCUUUGGACUUGGCGAUGAAGGCUGCAGAUGAGAAAGGAAGUACUGUUAUCAUAGCCAAUGAUCCUGAUUCAGACAGAACAGCAGUGGCAGAAAAACAACCAAAUGGAAAGUGGCGAGUCCUGACAGGUAACGAAACAGGUGCUUUACUUGGUUGGUGGGCGUUCUUCUGUCAUAAAAAAGACCACCCAGAAUUAUACCCAGGUGAUCAUGUGUACAUGGUUGCAAGUACCGUUUCCUCAAAAUUCUUAGAGUCCAUGGCCAAAGUAGAAGGAUUCAGAUUUGAUGAGACAUUGACAGGGUUUAAAUGGAUGGGAAACCAGUCGUAUGAUCGCAUGCAGCAAGGGAAGACGGUGUUAUUUGCCUAUGAAGAGGCUAUUGGUUUCAUGUAUGGUACCAAUGUUCUGGACAAAGAUGGUAUUAGUGCUGGUGUUGUAAUGGCAGAGAUGGCAACCUACCUCAACACACAAGGCUUAACAUUGGUGCAGCAGUUAGAGAUACUUUAUGAAAGAUAUGGAGUGCAUAUCAGUAAUAAUUCAUAUUACCUGUGCUUAUCGCCUCCUGUAAUGGUCAAGAUCUUUGAUAGAAUACGAACCCUUGAGAAUGGAAUGUAUCCUUCGAGAUGUGAGGARUUUAAGAUCUCGGGAAUACGUGAUCUGACAACAGGAUACGACAGCACACAACCUGACAAUAAAGCAAUACUUCCUACAAGUAAGUCAAGUCAGAUGAUCACAUUUUACUUUGAAAAUGGAUGUGUAGCAACACUUCGUGCAAGCGGCACAGAACCCAAAAUAAAGUACUACACAGAGUUAAAAGGAAAGCCUGGUGAAAAGGUUGACAUGGCAACAGCUACCGCCACUCUACAGAAACUGGUUGAUAGCGUAGUCAAAGAGUUCCUUCAACCCGACUUSAACAAUCUUAUUCCCAAAUCAGAUUAGACAAUAUUAAUGGAGUGUAUAAUGACAAUCUUUUGAAUCGGAAAACUAGGAAUAUUAUUGAAGUGUUGAAGGAGUGAUUUUUUUAUUAUUCUACUGUGAUGGCAGCGUUCAUUUCUCAGAAAAGGAAAGAAAACCGCCAACUAUUUUUAUUAGUAAAUGUAACCACAUACAACCUAAUUUCAAAAGCGCUGUGCUUGAAGUCACUGUAUACUUAAAACUCUGAAUAGCGCGUACGAAUUACCAGGUGUAACCAUAGUUACUAACUAUGAUGUAACCUUCCAGCGUUCAGUAGCUCCCCACUUCUAUGAGCCAAAAAUAUCAAGAAAAAUCCAAAAAAGGAGCAUUCUAGUGUGCAUGGGGUUUUUAGUUUACUUUAGCCAGAAACUGAGGAAAAUUAGCGAGUGAACAUGCAACUGUAAUUCUUGUAAAUAUUCCCAGAAUCUGAACCAUCGUUAUGCAUGAAGUUUAUAUUGAAAUCCGAGGACAGCGCUUUUGUUUGGUUGUUUUUUGUUGUUUUGUUGUUUGUUUGUUCUGAAUUUAUUGUGUAUUUAGUAUCCAGCUAUUCUCAGAAAACAUUUCCGCAACAUGUUCGUCAGUGGACAGGCGCAGAUUGUCUUCUAAGAGUUCUUCCAGCAGAAACUUGCAAAGGAUUCCGGUAGAUUUUUACAAAUGAUCCGAAACUUCCCCCAAGUAAGGCCAACAGGAAUGAAGACAGCAAUAUUUCGAAGUCUUACAAAUGUCCACUGCCGACUUGUUGUGAAGACAAUUUUGAUAUUGUGUAUACAAAUUUUUGAAAAAAGGUUGUUAUUUUAUAAGAUAAUGUGAUUGAAUAAUAGAUGAAACGGUUGUCAUAGUAAUGCGAUAUGAAACAUUGUGUUUUUAAGGUCUGUGUUGUGGAAUUUGUAACAAUUAAUAUGAAUCCUUCCCGCCAUAUGGGAAUUAUGAACUAUUAGAUCGUUAUUAUAUGAGGAAAGUUCAGAUUAGUCAUUCGACUAGGUAUGGUAAGAUUUAUAUGCCACCUAUGUGGAAUGAUAUAAAGUCGAUAUUUACUAAUAAAAUUACUGAAUAUGAAAGUCUA